CAAGCACUUGUGUAUAUAGGAGAUCAUUGGAUUGCCCUAAAAUAUGACUUCAAAUGCCACCUAUCCUAUCAUAGGUCUUGCUGAAGUUUUUAACAAACGGCUGAAUGUGAUACACUGAUAUGGUCCAUGCGUGCACUACUCUGAUUGGUUUGUGUGUAUUGCUCUUUUGACUAGCAUCUCAAUUCACCGGUCAGGUGUGGAGCUAACCCAAUCUUAAUUGUGUCCUUCAAAGUGAAUGGACAUUUUCUAGAUUGAGACGCAUCAUCUCCACUAUCCACCAACUUAACUCCCAAUGAGAAUAUGCUAGAAAUUGUGGCUCAAAUCCAUAUGCCACUAGCUUAUAGUACCAGUGCUAGAUUUGGAACUUUAAAUUAUUCCCUAAUGUGAAUUUUGCUUCCAGUUUACUGCUUCUUGACCUGUCGAUCAAGUUGGAUUUUUUUCUGGUAAAAAAUCUUACUUCAUACAUCCCAAAAUACACUGUGUAUACAUUUCAAUAGAAUUCCAGUAAAUAGACAUCGUCAUAGAGUAAUUAAUCAUAGAGUUCAUAAACGUUUAUGUACAUGUUGUAACCGGGACAUGCAGGGUACAGACACAAGUGUUCAGGGCCCUCAAGGGCGUUUUGAGAGGUAGUAGAGGAGGUGCUGAAGGAAAAAGCAAAACACACUGAUGGAAACUACCCUAGUCACCGUUUUACCCAAUUACGCAACAUUUUCCCUCUCCCCAGACAAAAAAACAAAGAUUGACCCAAAAUAUUUAAGCUUUCUAUAUGACUUUACUGUAUCAUUAUGUUUCUGAUGGAAUGUUUUAAAUGUGUCAGUGCCUGAAUACACAUAAUGACAAUUUAAACAGGGUGUGGCUCCUACCAACAAGACAAGACAUAUUGUGAAAUGACCUGAUAUUCGUAGUGGCCCGACGCCGUGCUGAAGGCAGUCUUCCACUUGUCUCCUUCCUGGAGCACCAGGUUUCACGUGCCCCGGAGUUCCAGCUGCUCUAUGGCCAAAGGGACGGGGGGCAUUGGACACUGAACAUGAAGGUUUUGUCGUUCAGGCCCCGGUAGUCAGUGCACAGUCAGAGCCCAGCGUCCUUCUUGACAAUGAAGAAGCUCGCUGAAGCAGAUGAGGUGGAGUGGCACAUGUGCCCCUGCUCCAGCGUUUCCUUGGCGCGGUGUCGUGGUGUCAGGCAGGAAGUUGAUGUCACAGUCCCAGGAACGGUGGGCAGAGAUGCCUGGCCAUCUUUUCCUGCCCAGGUCCAUGUACUCCUAUGGGAUGUAGCAGCGCCUCCCAUUAGUGAUGGAGAGCAGGCGUGUCCAUGGGGUGCGCUGCUGCCAUCAACCUCCAGCUGGCGCACCAGACAGUUCCUCAGGUGUGAUUUCCAAGACCAUUGAAAUAUGUUUGCACAAAGAAGGAACCAGUUUUGGCUUUGUCAUGAGAGGAGGCUCACAUGAAGACUGGCACAAAUCACGACCCUUAGUGGUCACCUACGUUAGACCAGGAGGUCCAGCAGACCGAGAAGGCACUCUGAAGACAGGGGAUCGUCUUCUGAGUGUUGAUGGGGUCCCCCUUCAUAGUGCCAACCAUGGCGAUGGUCUCACGGUGCUCAACCAGUGUGGCCAGGAGGCUCUCUUCCAGAUCGAGUAUGACGUCUCCAUCAUGGAUUCUGUGACAAAUGCAUCUGGUCCUCUAUUGGUGGAGAUCGCUAAGUCGCCGGGGGCAGCACUAGGAAUCUCCUUGACAACAGCCAUUCACAGGAACAAACAUGUCAUCGUCAUUGAUAAAAUUAAAGCAGCUAGCGUGGUGGACAGGUGCGGUGCUCUCCAUGUAGGGGACCACAUCCUCUCCAUUGACGGCACCAGCACAGAGCAUUGUUCAGUCCUGGAGGCCACCCAGCUACUAGCAAGCACCUCAGACCAGGCCAGACUAGAGAUCCUCCCAGCUCACCACAGCAGAUUGCCCAGCAAGCCCAAGGACACUGUGAAAGUCCAGAAGAGUGACCACCCCCACUCAUGGGACCCCUGUGUGAACUACUGCCCCCCCCAACACCCCCCUUCUCACAGUAAAACCAACACCUGGACCACCUCAUCCAACCCCUCCAGCACCCAGGAAUACUGUAAAUCACUUGUGUCCACCAACUUCUCUCCUGGCUCCACCACCACCACAUCAGGCCCUGGGUCAACCAUCCAGAGCUCCAGUACCCUUCCCCGUGUGUCCGUCCCCAUAAGCCCCCGCAACUCGGUGAUGAAGAGACGACAGAGGAAGAAAGAGCACAAGAGCUCCUCAGUGUCCCUCGCGUCCAGUACAGUGGGUCCAGGAGGACAGAUCGUUCACACUGAAAGCAGUGAGGUCACUCUGAGUGGAGACCCACUUAAUGGUUUUGGGGUUCAGCUUCAGGGAGGAAUCUUUGCUACAGAGACCCUCUCUGCUCCCCCACUCAUACGCUUCAUAGAACCAGACAGCUCUGCAGAGAGGUGUGGGCUGCUGCAGGUGGGUGACAGACUGCUGUCCAUCAACGGAAUCCCCACAGAGGACGGAACCCUGGAGGAGGCCAAUCAGCUGCUACGAGAUGCCGCCCUGACGAACAAGGUCUCCCUAGAGAUCGAGUUUGACGUUGCAGAGUCUGUUGUUCCCAGCAGUGGAACUUUCCAUGUGAAGCUGCCUAAGAAGAGAGGGGUGGAGCUGGGGAUUACUAUCAGUGCCAGUAAGAAGUCUGGAGAACCGCUAAUCAUCUCAGACAUAAAGAAAGGCAGUAUGGCACACAGGACUGGCACCUUGGAGCCUGGGGACAAGCUGCUGGCUAUAGACAACAUCAGGUUGGAGAACUGUUCCAUGGAAGAUGCCUGUCAGAUACUUCAGCAAGCAGAGGACCUGGUCAAACUCAAAAUCCGCAAGGAUGAGGACAACUCUGACGAGCAGGAGACAUCAGGUUCCAUCAUCUACACGGUGGAGUUGAAGAGAUAUGGAGGUCCUCUGGGCAUCACCAUCUCUGGCACGGAGGAGCCCUUUGACCCCAUUGUCAUCUCCGGCCUCACCAAGCGUGGCCUGGCUGAGAGGACCGGAGCUAUCCAUGUGGGUGACCGUAUCCUGGCUAUCAACAGUGUCAGUCUGAAGGGCAAGCCGCUCAGUGAAGCCAUUCACCUUCUCCAGAUGGCGGGGGAGACGGUGACGCUGAAGAUAAAGAAACAAGUUGACAUGACAGAUGAGAAGAAAAAGGUUGGAGAGAUGGAGAAUGAUUUGAGUGACACAGAGGAUGUGUCAGACAUGACCGACUCCCAGAAGACCAAUAAGCUGUCUGAGAUCUACUCCACCACCAUCCCCAGUGUUGACUCUGCCAUGGAGUCCUGGGAUAGUUCAGGCAUCGACGCUGGCUAUGGCAGCCAAGGCACCUACACACACCAGGCAGCCGGCCUCGCCCUGCACCCCCAUGAGUGGAGGAGUGUCAAGCAGAGGAGCAGUCCCCCCCCUCCAACCCGACGUAACAAGAACUACCCCUUCAGUGACGGCGGCUUUAGUGAAGAUGACUGGGACAAACCUUCAGGCUUCCCCAGCCAGCCUCACAGUGAUGGCAUCAUGCUUGACCAGGAGGACAGUUUCUGGUGUCAGGCCCUGGAAGACCUGGAGACCUGUGGACAGUCUGAACUCCUCAGAGAGAUUGAGGCUUCCAUUAUGACGGGCAGUGCCAUCAGUAUUGGGGUUGAUGGUAAUAAGUCCCAUCCUCACCCGCUCCCAGGGGACCCCACCGGCCUGCCCCGUGUCAGCCCUCUGCGUAGGAGCUCCCUCCUGCAACAUGACGCAAAUAACCACUUGCUCCAGGAGGCACACCUGCACGAAGAGGCCCAUCUCCAUCAGGAGUCUCACCUCAUGCAGCCAGAAGCGCAUCUCCUGCACCACGAGGCCAGGACCCAGUUACAUCAUGAAGCUAAGACCAAAAACACACUAAGGGUGUCUGAGAAGACCUGGGAGUCCCGCAGGAUCAAAGAGGAGAUGCAAGAGAUCCUGUCCCCAACACCUCUAGAACUACACAAAGUGACGGUGAUGAAGGACCCGGAGAGCGAUGACUUUGGCUUCAGCGUGUCGGAUGGUUUCCUGGAGAAAGGUGUUUAUGUCAACAUGAUCCGUCCCGAGGGCCCGGCGGACCGCGCAGGUCUCAAACCAUAUGACAGGAUCCUACAGGUGAACCAUGUCCGCACCAGGGACUUUGACUGCUGCCUGGCCGUUCCUCUGAUCACUGAGGCAGGGGACAAACUGGAGCUGGUGAUCAGUAGGAACCCACUAAACCAGCAACAGCACCAAGACCAGGACUGUCUGGAUCAGGACCACGGUCUACUCAUCUCUGCACUGCAGUCCAAUAGCAGAGACCAUCAUCAUUACAACAACAGCAUUCCCAGAGCCAUGGACCUGUGAUUACAGACCCAUACAGAACCACUGACAUAUACCAGAUACACUGAGCUCCAGAACCUCUGAACCAUGGACCUGUGAUUACAGGCCCAUACAGAACCACUGACUUACACCAGACACACUGAGCUCCAGAACUCUAGAACCAUGGACCUUUGCCCAGGGUGGGGUCAAGUCAAAUUGAAGUCAUUCAGUCCUGUGAAUAAAAUGAAAUAACAGUUCACAAUUUGAAUAAACAACAUCUAAUUUCAAAUACUUCUCAAUGAACUGAAGAUUUAAACUGAGGAACCUUUUAUGUAAUUUUUUAAUUUGAAGAAGAUGCUACAGACAGAACUAUGUCUGAGCACAGACUCAACCAGCACUAUGGAUAUGUAAAUUAGCUACAGACACAAGCCACACAUCAGAACCAUGGACAUGUGACUCAAAAAACUACAGACACAGAGACAGACUAUAAUUAUGGAACCCUGACUCAUUAAUACCGACAUGAGCCACAGACCUGUGAAAAAAAGCACAGUACCUACAUACAUUUUAUGUUUGCUACAUCCCUGGGUCUGUGAUUAUGCUCAGAACAACAGACAGAGCUACAAACUCAGAGCCACAGACACGUAGCUGCAGACAUUAACAAUGUUGGCUGGAUUUAUACCAACAAAUACAAAAUACAGUACUUUCAGUGACAGAACACCCAAAAUACAAUCCUUCCAAUGACAGAACACCCAAAUACAAUCCUUCCAAUGACAGAACACCCAAAUACAAUCCUUCCAAUGACAGAACACCCUAAUACAGUCCUUCCAAUGACAGAACACCCUAAUACAGUCCUUCCAAUGACAGAACACCCAAAUAUAGUCCUUCCAGUGACAGAACACCCAAAUACAAUCCUUCCAGUGACAGAACACCCAAACAAUGAGAAAAAAAAGUGUCUUCAGCCCCACUGACAUGGUGCAAAAAAA